UGGGGUGUGAAUCCCACCGGACCUGCUCUGGAAUGAGUGAUUCGGACCAGGCACGGGCUAUAACGAGCACCAUGGUGACCAAGAAGAUCCGCACAGAAUACAUGAAGAAGUUCAGGGAUCCCAAAUGGGAGACCUUCUCCAAAUGCUACGAGGACUCUCUGAAGUACCGUCUGACCCGGCGGGUGAUGGAGCAUUCACACAAACCCUGGUUCUGGGAGGGCUGGGACAACAGCUCCGACUCCAGCGGCUGGUCCACGCCGAGAGUGACCCGGAACAAAGUGGCCCCCCUGUCCGUCCCUCUGCAGCCACCGAUGGCCUCAGUGGUCAAACAGAAGAUGCGGGAGCUGAAGUCCAGCCCCAAACCGCCGCCUUCUGAGGACGGAGAGGCUGAAGUGGGAGCAGCUGAAGAACCAGCUGCAGACGCUGCACCGAACACAGCCGUUGUAGAAAACUGCGUGAAUGAAACCAACAACGCUUCAGCAGCAGCGGCUCCAAACAGCAGCGGACCGGCAGAUGAAACGCUGACAGACAACGGUCCGGCCGACACAGCGUCUUCUGACGGGGAGCCGGUAAACCCGGCGCCCAAACGACGUUACCGCCGCCGCACUCCUCGCUCCGAGCUGGGACACCGAGACAGUUCCCAUGACAACAAACCGGCUGCUGUCCGCAAACCUUCGAGAGCAAAGAGCCAACCGCCGUCCUGCUGCAAGGAGAAGGAGAACUGGCGGCCGUCUAGUCAGCUGGACUUAUCUGAGAGACAGAUGGAGAGCCACACGGCCGACGCCUGCGUUCAGACCCGCCGAGAGUCCGACAAGCGGAUCUCCAACCUGGACCGGAGGCGUGCGCGGUCAGCUGACCUGGAGAAGCUGAGGCGGUCGCAGCUGACGGUGGCGGACGACCGCUGGAUGACGGAGUACAUGCGCUGCUUCUCCGCCCGGCUGAGGUAGAAGCAGGAUCCUCCUCUUCUUCUUCCUCCUCAACAACCCCCCCAAUAACCAAACCAAUGUCUCCUUACAUCAGAAAGUGUAUAUCAGACGUUUGUUUAGUCGAAAAAACAACAAGACAGAGCAGCAGCCAUGUCGUCUCGUUACCGUCCAUCAUCACUCCUGUUGGAAGUCAAAAAGUGGGCU